AACUUCCCUACGACGUUUUAACAACACGCGCGGCAGGCCGGAUGUCAGACUAAUUGGUAAAGUCUCACGUGAACAAAAUGGCCGACCGGGAGCCUCCGCCUCUUUUUGACGACGACGAUCAAGAAGAAGUUCCAAUUAAUGACAAGUCCGAGGACACGCAAGACACAAAGACUGCACCAGCAGAAGAGGAAGACGAUGAUUUGUUUGCAGGGGGUGGAACAGAAGUGUCGUUAGACGAUGACCCCCUAAAGGAGGCGGAGCCUGCUGAAGCCCCACCUACCAAGUCGGAAGCUCCACCUACCAAGUCGGAAGCUCCACCUACCAAGUCAGAAGCUCCACCUACCAAGUUGGAAACUCCAAAGUCUGAGUCGCCCAAGGAGGAUGCACCCGCUGAGUUGGAGACACAGCCCACAUCACCAGCAGCAACGGCACCGGACGUAUCAGAGACAGUCACUCCUAAAAGUGUUGCCAAAUCUAGAGUUACAGACGAACAUGACGAGGUUGAGGAGAAAAAGGAUGCACCUCCUGAAGAAGAAGAGGAAGAAGAAGAAGAGACUGACACCUUUGACAUGGAGAUCACCAUUACAGAACCUUUUAAGAAAGGUGAAGGGAUGAGUGCUUACAUGGCAUACAAAGUGUCCACCAAGACAAGUAACCCAGUCUUUAAGAAACCAGAGAUGUCCGUGUUCCGUCGAUUCAGUGACUUUCUGGGCUUGCAUCAAAAGCUAGUGAACAGUCACACAGUAAAGGGAUACAUCGUACCUCCGGCACCAGAGAAGAGUGUAGUAGGAAUGACCAAAGUGAAAAUGUCCAAGGGCCAGGAGGAACCCAACUCCAUGGACUUUGUGGAGAAGCGCCGGGCCGCCAUGGAGCGAUAUCUCAAUCGAACUGCUGCCCACCCACAGCUUCAAAAAGACCAAAACUUCAUCGAAUUCCUGGAGAAAGAUGAGCUUCCUAAAGCCACCAGCACCUCAGCCUUGAGUGGAGCCGGAGUCAAGCGUGCCUUUUCCGGGAUCAUGGACUCGGCUAAGAAGAUGGCUUCCAAAGUGCAUGAAUCCGAUCAGUGGUUUGAAGAGAAGCAUCAGCAGAUUGAGAGUCUGGAUUCUCAACUGAAGAAACUUCAUCUCAGCGUGGAGAGCAUGGUCUCCCACAGAAGAGAGCUUGGGGGUGCCACGGCCAUCUUUGCUAAGAGUGCGGCUAUGCUGGGCAACUCUGAGGAACACACCGCUCUCUCACGUGCCAUCUCUCAACUUGCCGAGACAGAAGAGAAGAUUGAUCAGAUUCAUGUGGAGCAGGCCAACACGGACUUCUACGUCUUGGCUGAGCUGUUGAAGGAUUACAUCGGACUGAUAGGAUCUGUCAGGGAUGCGUUCCGUGAGCGGGAGAAGACGUUCGGUAUCUGGCAGUCAGCUCAAACCAUGCUAGCCAAGAAGCGAGACCAGGAGGCCAAAUUGAAGAUCAGCGGCAAGCCGGAUAAGUUGGCUCAAAUCCAAGAAGAAAUCAAAGAGUGGGAGGCCAAAGAGGCCAAAGGUCAGAAGGACUUUGAAAAAAUCUCCAAGACGAUUCGUAAAGAAUACAACAGAUUUGAGGUGAAUCGUAUGCGCGACUUCCGCUCAGUAAUCAUCAAGUAUUUGGAGGCAUUAAUGACUCAUCAACAGGAGGUCAUUCAGAGUUGGGAGGGAUUUCUUCCAGAAGCCAAAGCCAUAGCCUAAGCCUCAGCCACUGCACCACGCUGCCUGCAGUCAUGAUUGCAGUCGCCAUCUCACAAAGACGCAUCUACAAGCGGCUUAUUCAGUAUAUCAACAUUCCAGGCAAAGUUGCAGACUUAUCUACAUGCAUCAGCCCGAGUCAAGUACAGAUUGCUUUAAUAUCAAAAUCAAAAAUCCUCCAACGGAAAAAAUAAUCCCAGCCAGCUAAAACUAGAAGUUGGAAAUGAUGUGAAGGGACAUGCUAUCUACUUUGCAGAUUUUCUGCAGUUGUUCUUUUUAGCUGUGUUUUUCAACCUGGACUGUCUAGAAAAUAAUGCUCAGCAAGUUUACAGUCAAAGGUAAUACAUGUAUAAAAAGGUAAUACAUGUAUAAAAUCUAUUUGAUUUUGGCUGGUAAUCUGUUCUUGCUCAGCGCGUUUUUCUGCGCAUGGCAAAUGUUUGUGUUUGCAGUUUCACUAAACUGGCCCCUGCAGCUGGAAUAUAUUGAACAAAUUCCAAUGGUUUUGCUGUUUUCUUAAGGAUUCAUUUUAGGGUAUGAUUAUCCAGAAUAUUUUGCCAACACAGGCAAAAUGGCCUUUCACAAAUUCCAAAAUCUCCGUAUUGGAUCCGGGUCCAAAAUGGAGACUUCAAGAACCCCAUUGACACAAGCCUGAAUUCAACACGGCUUCUUCAUGGGUCUGGUUCUCUAGCCGGGUAAAAUUCAGCUCCGGUUGGGACCAGAGUUGAGAGGCUCUACCCAGGUAGAAAAUCCCUUAUCUACAGCCGACCCGUAUACACCCCUUGGCCUUGUAAGUGUGAACGGAACGCCUUGCUUACCCAUGUUUGAUGGCACCGGGUUCUGCUUACAGUGAACCCUUAUUGAUUUCAAAACAGGUAGGGGAGAUGAUGGUGUGAAAUGGCCUAAACUUUAAGGUGUCGGAAGCUGUAGGUGCUGAAUCUGACCAAACCUAACAACCAUGGAUUUUAAUGGAUUGAGUUCAAUGCAGCAUGUGUGCCAAACUGUUUAGGGAUGCAAGGUUGAACAUGUGCACCAUUGCUUUCUGCAUUCACUUUCUUGGGCACUUUUAGAAUAUAUGCUCUGAAUAUUUGGUUAUCAAACUUGGUUUGUUUAUAGUCCUCCAUUCACUUGCACUUCUGUCUUUCCAAAUGCCAGUUUUUCAUUUUUGAAAAAUGUUAAAUUGUACUUUCCUGAAAAAAAAUUCAAACAAUCUUUCACCUAAUGAUGUAAAAAAAAUCUUUACUUGGGCUGAUUACCUUCCUGACUGUACGUAGCUGGGGUGUGAUUAAAUAUUAAAAUAAAAAGGAUAAACAAAUAUUUUGUUAUACGUCACUGUUGAUAUACAUGAUUGGGAAAAUUACCUCAAAACAUUCUUUUCAAAUGCAGUCCUUUUUAGUGCCUAGCGUAAUACAGACAAAAUUUGUAGUGAAGAUUAGAUUUUCAGUGCAACGGUUGAAGUAGAAGAAAUUUAGCAGACUGCUUGGGACAAAGAGUUGUUUUGAAGCCUUUCUUCAUAAAAUUCAAUUAUUUGUAGAUAAUAACAAAACAGCUUGCUUCCUGUAUUUACAAUUGCUGGUUGAGAAUUAUACAGAAAACUAAUCCAAUUUGAUUGAUUUCAAACUAUAAAAUGUAAACAGAAAUGAGAAUGCACCGUAUUUGAAUAUUCAUUAAAUAUCUGAAUAACAAUCACAAGAUCUGAACUGCAAAAUAAAAGACGGGGACCUUGAAAAAUUUGAUUUAUGUGUAAAUUAUUUUGAAAUAAAAAAAGGCGAGUAGUCUAGAUAUAUAAAAAAGUUAUAGACUAGAUUUACAAUGUAAUAAUCAUUUAGUCAUUGACUUGUGCGUUGUUCCAGCAUUGGUUCCUUUUGCACUCCAAAUGAGGUAUCAAUUUUUGUUGUCAUAUUUUCUAUUCUGCAAUCUUUUGUAAACAUUUUACUUAAGCAUUAUAACUAUUUGGGAUUUUUUUUCUGGGGUAGGUUGAUUUUAAGAAUUUGAUAUUUUCAAAGACACUUGUUGAUUUCUGGUACGCACAAAUAGUAGAAUGUCUGUUGGCCAUUUUCCCCUCUGCAUUUUGGGGAUUCUGUGUGCUGUAUGAUUUCUGUGCUGAUCAAUUGGAGUCAUGGUCUUUAAUAAUCUAGGGACAGGGUUUCAUGCAUUGAUCGAAGUCAAAUGUGUGUUACAUUACCAAAGAAUCCCAGCAAAUGUUUUUAAAACUUGGUUCAGAAAUAAGUAGCAGCGUUUUGAAAGAAAUCACAAGUUGACAACUUUAAAUGGCGGACUGAAUUUUACUGACAUUUAAUAAAAGGUAGCUCUGUAAAAAUGAAAACAUGACCCCUAGACCCAGGGUCAAUUUGAUGACAAAAUAACGGCGAAAACGUUUGACUGUCAAUGUAUACAAGGUUACUUAAAACAUGUUAAGUUUAUCCCCUACUAAGUCUAUUGGACUAAUGCUGAACCUAUGUUCUGUGGUAAUCACAAAGUUUACUGUUUCAAACCAGUUUUUAAGUAAUAAAAAACAGAAAACAAAAAAACUAAUAAGCCUCUGUACUGAUGAUGUCACACUUUGUUUACACGUGUGCUUUCUUAUGGGAGCCUGGUGGAGACGAUGGCUUCGUAGCCCCAUAGAAAAGCACACAUGUAAACAAAGUGUGACAUCAUCAGUACAGAGGCUUAUUGAGUCUAACAAUCGAGAAAGCUAACACAUGCAGUGAAUGUACAUUAUAAUCAUGUAAUUCUUUGGAUGAUGUAAAUGUAAAAUAGUUCAAUCCAGCCAGUAAAUAUAACAAAAAAGCAUUUUUAUUUUGGCCAGUCCAGCCCAGCCAUGAAUGUGCUUAAGGCUGCAUGUUUCCAUCGUCUGGUAUGUUGCAAAACUGACACAGACAAUACCAUUAAUCUCUAGGUUAUUGUGCUUGUGUUCCUACAUAAGUACAAUUAUUCAGUAUAACCUCACUUUUGCCAGGCAGAGAUCAAUCUACAAUCGUUGGCACUGUAUGCCAAGAUAUUGUGUGUCAACUGUGUUUAUAAAGAACUAAGAAUCUAUCAUUGACAAAUCAAAUAUUUGCUAAUAAACACAGAGUCCAUGAAGUAUGCUAUCUUAUUUUA